AUGAGUUCCAAUCAACAACAAUUACUUUCUUGUCUUCAUACAGGUUUAACUGUUGAUAUACAACGAUCGAAUGGUCGUAUACAUCAAGCUGUUAUAACACAAAUAAAUCAUGAAACAAAAAGUGUUACUGUUGAAUGGCAAGAAAAAAAUGAAGGCAAAGGUAAAGAAGUUGAUUUAGAUGCAAUUGUACAACUUAAUCAAAAUCUUUUUACAUCCGUUACGAAUUCUUCAUCAUCUCAUAAUAAUAAUAAUAAUAAUAAUAACGGUGCUGUUGAACAUGAUACAAAUAAUAAUGGUGAUCAUUAUACAAAUGGUGGUACUGUUACACAACCAAAUCGUCGUACAAAACAACAAAAUAAUGAUAUUGAAAAUGUACGUAAACAACCACAAAUUCCUGCUGCAGCUGUUGCUGCUACUCGUCCUGCAGUUAUAUCAAAUUCAGCUGUACAAGUUAAUAAUGAUGUAUCACCACAAAAACAACAAAUACCAUCUGUACAACAACCACCAAUUGAUUCAAAUAAGUCAAAGGUUGUUAAAGAAAUUGAACGUAUAGCUGCUAAUCGUGAACAACGACGUGCUAGACAAGAUGAACGUCGACAAAAAUUAUCAGAAGUUGAUCAAUCAAUACCAGCAUGGGAAUUUCAAGCUAUGGUUAGUGAAUAUAGACAACAACUUGAAUCAAAAUUAUUAACAAUGAAUGAUGCACAAAAGGAUUUAAAAAUAUGUGUUUGUGUACGUAAAAGACCAAUAACAAAAAAAGAAUUAAAUAAAAAAGAUAUUGAUGUAUUAACAAUACCAAAUAAAGAAGUUGUUAUUGUUCAUUUACCUAAAGUUAAAGUUGACUUAACGAAAUAUAUUGAUAAUCAAAAAUUUCGUUUUGAUUAUGGUUUUCAUGAAACAUGUAAUAAUGAACUUGUUUAUCAUUUUACUGCUCAACCAUUAGUACAAUCAUUAUUUCAAGGAAAUAAUCCUAUGGUAUUUGCAUAUGGACAAACUGGUUCUGGUAAAACAUAUACAAUGGGUGGUGAUUUAAGUCAACGUGAUGUUGAUUUUUCCAAAGGAAUCUAUGCAUUAACAGCUAAUGAUAUAUUUCGUCAUUUAAAUAAACCUCCUAAUAAAGGUCAAUUUGAUGUUUAUUGUACAUUUUUUGAAAUCUACUGUACUAAAGUAUUUGAUUUAUUUAAUGAAAAAAAACGUUUACGUGUAUUAGAAGAUCAUAAAAAUUUAGUACAAGUUGUUGGUAAAAAAGAAGAACAAGUGGAAACUGUUGAAGAUGUUAUGACAUUAAUACGACGUGGUAUGAGUGUACGUACAUCAGGUACAACAUCGGCUAAUGAAAAUUCAUCUCGUUCACAUGCUAUUUUUCAAAUAACAUUAAAGAAAAAAAAUAUUACAAAAGAAUAUGGAAAAAUUUCAUUAAUUGAUUUAGCUGGUAGUGAACGUGGUAAAGAUACACAAACAAAUGAUAAAACAACAUUAAUGGAAGGUGCACAAAUUAAUAAAUCUUUAUUAACAUUAAAAGAAUGUAUACGUUCAUUAGGACGUAAUGCUGAACAUAUACCAUUUCGUGGUUCAACAUUAACAAAAGUUUUACGUGAUUCAUUUAUAGGUGAAAAAUCUAAAGUAUGUAUGAUAGCUAUGGUAUCACCAGGUAAUAGUGAUGUUGAACAUACAUUAAAUACAUUACGUUAUGCUGAUCGUGUUAAAGAAUUAAAUGUUGAUGAACUUAAACAACGUGGUGGUGGUAAUCAUCCUGGACAAGCUAUUGGAACACAUGAUGAUAUGAUAUUAGGUCAACCACUUGAUGAAGAAGAUGAAAUGGAUGAUGAUGAAUAUGUUGAUGAUUUAGCUGGUAUAAGUAAUAAUAAUGUUAAUACAAAUCAAGCAAUGCCAACAUCACGUUAUGCUGGACAACAAUCAAAUAUACCAAAAAUUCAACAACCAACAAAUAUUAAACGAUCUUUAGGACAUAAACAAAAAUCUGAAGCAUCACGUAAAUUUGAAGAAGCUAUUGCACGUUCACAAGAAAUUGAAGAUGUAACAUUAGAAUCCCAUAAUGAAUUAAUUGAUGAUUUACCACAAAUUGUUGCUAAUCAUCAAAGUUUACUUGAUUUAUCAACAAAUAUGAGUUAUGAUCGUGAUGAAUAUGCUAAACAAUUAAUUCAUCUUAUUGAUACUCAACAACAAUAUUUAACUGAAUUACGUAAUAAAGCAUUACAAAUGCGAGAAGCUGUUGCUUAUGAAGAUUUAUGUGCUAAAGCUUUAUCAUCAAAAUGA